UCCACCAAUCCCCUCCAACUCCGAGAGAAGCUCCGGCGAUGUCUGGGCGCGGCAAGGGCGGCAAGGGGCUCGGGAAGGGCGGCGCCAAGCGCCACCGGAAGGUGCUCCGCGACAACAUCCAGGGCAUCACCAAGCCGGCCAUCCGCCGCCUGGCCCGCCGCGGCGGCGUCAAGCGCAUCUCCGGCCUCAUCUACGAGGAGACCCGCGGCGUGCUCAAGAUCUUCCUCGAGAACGUCAUCCGCGACGCCGUCACCUACACCGAGCACGCCCGCCGCAAGACCGUCACCGCCAUGGACGUCGUCUACGCGCUCAAGCGCCAGGGACGCACCCUCUACGGCUUCGGAGGCUAGAGCGUUAUCAGGCCGUCAGGAUUAGCUAGGUGUUUUAAUUAAGGGAUUGGUCGGCGAAUCUCUGUUUCUGCUGUAGUUUCUGUCUGCUUGUUGUCGCGUGUCCUAGGGAUGAGCUGUCGUGUUGGUUUCCAAGUAUGUACUCACUGCAAAUCUCUUGC